UUUUUUCUCUUCUGCUGCAGACAUUAAUGUACACGUUCUGUUUAGUACUAGUACUUCUCAUUGUGUCGACGGCCAAUUAUACAGCGGCACAAAUUCAUCUCAAAUCCAGAUCAGAUGCUUCGUGUGGUUAUUUUUCGAACAAAAUUUACUGCUACGGAGGAACACCAACUAACGCACCCGACGACCCGGACUAUGUGAGUAUGCUCGAUUUAUUAGCCUACGAUGGGAGUAAACCAGAGGAAUUAGAAAAUAAAUGGGUAACCGUCAAUACAGCCGAGAAUGAUCUUAAUACUACGCAGCAUAGAAGCCAUCAACAGUAUAUGCAACUAUCAAAUGAAAACACGCUUUUGAUCAAUGGCGGUGAUGUAAAUUACACACUUCCUGCCCUAGAAACUCAGACUCUUGCUUUUAACGUAACAACCCUAUCAUGGAAAGCGUACCCGAGUUAUCAGGAACCACCUUUUGGCACAAGACAAAUCUUCCGAGCAUCGUCAGUCUUUGUCCCUGAAUUUGGAGUCGGGUUCUAUGGUGGAUCUGAAGCUAACACCAACAGCAGUUGGAGCUACCCGGGAGUUGAUAUGUCAGUUUACAAUAACGUCGCAGCUCGUAGUCGGUAUAUUGGUUAUACUAGCUUAACCUUUUUUGAUAUAAGAAAUGAAACAAAUCCUUGGUCAGUUUAUCCGAUCCAAAAAAACAUGCCUUCUGGUUUUGCAUACCAUCAAAAAUCAAUCUUCGAUGCUAAAAGCAAUCGCAUAUUUUUUUUUGGAGGUGUUGUCAAAGAUACGGUUGCGACUACAAAGUAUGCUACUCUCUUUUCAAGCUCAAUGGUAUUUGAUUUUGUGAAGGGUGAAUGGGGAUCGCAACCAUUGACUGGACAGGGUCCAACUACGAGAUUUGGUCAUUCUGUUACCCUAAUUGGAGCUAAACAAAGACAUGUGCUUGUGUACGGAGGUCAGGGUGUGUCACCUACGGAUAGCGUUCGCUCGGACUAUUGUUAUACCCUGGAUCUUGAUUCAUACAGCUGGCAUCAACAAAACAUUUCGGCCCCACCAGACGUUUCACUAGUUAGAACACAACAUUCAGCUGUGGCUGUAGACAAUGAUACGGUCUUUAUUAUUUUCGGAAUUAUAGAAAAGACAAAGGAAGCAACUCUUUCCAUACUCAUGCUUAACGUAAGUGAUCCUUACAAUGUAACAUUAAACGAGAGGUAUGAAAUACCCAAGGUACGGGCAGCACUUCCUGCAGAAGCCCAAGGAAUCAAACAAAACUCUGUAGGAAAAACUAUAGGUAUCGCUGUUGGUGUUACAGCUGCUGGAUUGAUUUUAGUGGCAGUCAUUAUUUUCUUAAUUAUAAGAAGAAGAAAAGCUGCAAAGAGAAAGGAAGACAUUUUAAUGGAAGUUAAUUGGGAUGAAAUCGAUCAAACGUGCGCUGAAAAGCCACCUGCGGGAUAUUCCCCUCAGUUGACUGAAGAUGUUACUGUAGUAAAUGAGGUACUAGUCCCAGACGCUAUUCUUCCCAAAAUAGUGCAUGACAGUGAAACAAAGUUACAACGCCCUGAUGCCAUAGACGAAAGUGACGAAUCUACCAUGCACAAAAAUCCUUUGCAGAAGCCCAAUGUUUCUUAAGUCAUGCGACAGUUAUAUAUUAGGACAAUAUAUUUGUAAAUAAAACAUUGUUAUUUUAUAUCUAGAAAA